UCGCGUGACGUCAUAGAAAUGUUCGAAAACGAGGCGCCGCCAUGUUGGAGGAGUGAUUCUUGAGAUGGCGGUCACUGAAUUGGGAAAAUAUGCGUCUUCGGACAAAGCGAUUGUGGAUUCCAAGCUUAUAUUUUCCGCUUAUGCCAAUUCACUGGAAGGCAGUAUUAAGGAAAGGUUUUCUACCUGUUGGGCAGCUUUCCAAAAGGACACAAAUGGUGUUCUAAUCAUUUACAAUCCUGAUCAGUCCAGCCAUGACCAGGAACUAGGGACUUGGUACACACAGUUUGUGCAAAGUCAAGGACUGAAGGAUUCACAAUGUAUGGUGUUUGCUCAUCGUCGCCCUUCUGCUGCAGAUACCACAAGAUCAGAGAUAUCAUCUGUACUGUCCAGAGUAAAGUGUAUACAGACAAACCUGGAUGAAGAACCAGAAACAGUAAGAGAUGAAUUUCACAAUUUCCUUGCAAAGGUUAUCAGCAACUGGACUGACAAAAGAGAUCAGGAAGAACUAAGUAUAAUGAACACAUGACGCUGUUUAAUGUCUGAGGAACCAUUGAGAGUUUUUCAUCUUAAUGUACAGACUAGAGCUUUAUGUCUUAUACAUUUUGGGUCAUUAUCUAUAACCCAUGGGGCAAGGUCCUUCGGUAACUUUGGCUCUCCCAAUAGAAAUGUUCAUAAACUGACAGAUGCUAAUAGAUAGAACUGUCCAUCAAAGUCUUGUUUUUAGUGGUCAGUCUUCAAGUUGUUUUCACCUUCAUGUGGCCUUGCAGCAUCAUAUAAAGUCUCUAAAAUGUCAUAAUUUUUUUCAACACUUUGAUGGUCCUUGCCUUACAGUUUUUGAAAAGUAGUGGGAAAUUCAUAAGACUACCCAACAAAGAAGUAAAGAAGAUAGUUCCUAAUAUAGUGAACUGGUUAAUAGUUUUUUAAAUUCUACUGCAACG